UGGUGUGCCCGAGCAUGAGUAUGACCGAACGGUCCCGUCGUGUGAAACAUGCCUUGGUAUGCUAUGUCCGCCUGCGCCAUGGUCCGCUGGUGGUCAGCGAGGUCGCUGGUCGGCUCAUAUGACGUUUUCCUGUUAGAUCCACCCGAUCCGUGGUUCUGUCCACCCCUCUAUCUCUGCUGUUG